AAUUUAAAACUUCCGGUUCUUGUGUUGUGGUCUCAUGAUAUGACCACCGCUGUGUCGAUAAACAACCACAGUUGUUAUGAAUUACUCAAGGCGAGAUAACGAUAUCCAAUUAUUCAAAAGAGUCUGACAUUUUGAUACUCUCUUAUGGGAUUUUUUUGUAGCCUGUAAGUUUUUUUAGGCGCUCGCUGUGUUAAGGUGGGACUUGCAGACCUCGGUGUCUGAGUGUCCUUAUUUACUUGGCAGUCGAGUUGCAGUGACCCCGCCCCCUUCAAACUUUGCCAGCCUUUACAAACAAUAGUGACUCUUCGGAUUUCAGUGUCAUUCUCAAAUCAUUUACUCUUCACAAUUAGUUAGAAGUGUCAGUGAUUCAUCAUGUCUAUCGUUCAAGUUAGAGGAGCAGGAGGGACUGUUGGCUUGGACAGAACUGCUUUUUAUGGUGCUCGGGUCCCACAAAAUAUCCACAGGAUGAUCAAACCGCUCGCCAAGUUAGACAAAGGAACUUUUAGAAAAAUCCUGAAAGGUAAGCAUUUGUGUUUUCCUUCGAUUUACUUUCAGAAUUUCAUACAGGACCUCCAGGAGCUUCAAAUUCCUGCAGAAUUUCAUGAGGAUUUGGCAUCUUGUGUGUUUGGCUCCACAAGGGCAUCAAUAGAUGAGCAACUAGAAAAUGACAGGCCCCGACUUCCUUCCUUAGAUCAUCUUGACUGGAGAGUUGAUGUCACCAUUUCCACAGGUGUGUUGAACAGAGUUCUGGCAAGAGGUGUGACCAUGGAUAUGACUCUCUCUGAUGGCAGCAUACGGAAUUUUGAGAUGUCUGUUGCAAAGUUUCAAGAUCUUCGUUUUCAUGUAGCUUCUGUACUGAAUGAAAUGGAAAGACUAGAAAAGCGCAGCAUCUUAAAAAUCAAAGACUGAUGAACAACAGAAAUAUUCAUUUUAAUGUUAAGUUAUCACAGACAGAUUGCUUUGUUAUUUUAUAAGAUUGCAUGUUAAUAAAGAAAACAAGGAUUUUUGUCUAAAUUUUUUUGUGGAGUUUAGAAAGAUUUCUGAAGUGUCCAUUGAACAAAUCCAUAAAGAGUUGGACAUGAUUGUUAUUUAUGUGAUGAGAUUAUUGUUGUUUUUAUAGUCCGCAAAUUUCUCAAUGACAGAGACACCUUGUAUAUUUCAGUUAAUUGUUUAAUUUUCUUUCUGAAUGGUAUUCUGACAAGUAUAUUAUUUGCAUAAUGCUGACCGUUGUAGUUGGAGACUGUCCUUAACCUGAAUGAGUGUUACCGGUGUGUAAGCUUUUUUCUGUGAGCUUCUCAAGUGUUUGUGUUACUGUAACGAUUGUUACGUUAUGAUACCUUGAUAUGCCUUUAUGUCGAGAAUGAAAUAGGCCAGUCUUCGCAAAUAAAUAAGUACUCCGACUAUUCUUUUUGGGAA